CGAAUUCAAACAACGAACCACCUCCGGAGUUGUCUCUCUCCACUUCAGUUAUUACAGAAACUAGCCGUUGAUCUAAGGUCAAUACGCGAUGCCGGCGACGCCCAGCAGCGGCGGCAGCGCGGGAGAUGAAGAGAAGCGACGGCUUAAAUUAGCCCAAAAAGUAACUAGGGUUUUUGACGAGGUCCGGUCGUCCCAGGCAACCCACCUCCGGAAGCUAAAGGAGCUCUCUGCCCUUCGCUUCCAUUCCUCAGUCUCGCCGGAAAAUUUCUUCGCCGCUUUCUGCACAGCCUUGACCCCAAUUUUUGACUUCCAGCAACGAACAUCAUCCGCUGAGCGGAUUAUCCGAUUUGUAGCUAUCUUCGCGGGUGCCCGGGACCCGAAGAAGGCUUCUGAUGGCGACUCAUUUCUGGAACAAUUCCUCAGGUUUUUGCUGGUGGCUGCCGUGGCGUCAAACCGGACUGUGAGAAUCAGGGCUUGCCAGAUCAUUUCUGAGAUCAUAAUGCGGCUGCCAGAUGACACUGAAGUUAGCAAUGAACUUUGGGAUGAGGUGAUAGAUGGAAUGAAGUUGCGUGUUGGCGAUAAGGUCCCUGCAGUCCGAACAUUUGCUGUCCGGGCUCUUUCACGCUUUGUGAUUGAUGCAGAGAACAGUGAUGUUCUAGAAUUGUUGUUGCAGACAUUGCCUCUUGAACCAAAUCCGAUUGUACGCAAGACAAUUGUGUUAUCUCUCCCGCCUUCACACUCAACCGCAACCACAGUAAUUGAAUGCACCUUGGAUUCAAGUGAAACAGUACGUAAGGCAGCGUAUUAUGUGCUAGCUAGCAAGUUUCCCUUACAGAGCCUCAGCAUCAAGCUCAGGACAACUAUUUUGCAGAGGGGACUGGCAGAUCGCUCCUUGUCUGUCAUGAAGGAGUGCCUCAAAUUAAUGAAAGAUGAAUGGCUUGCCAAAUCUUGCAAUGGAGAGCCUGUAAAUCUUUUAAAGUAUCUUGAUGUUGAAACCUAUGAGUCUAUUGGAGAGUCAGUCAUGAGCACCUUGUUAAAAGAAGGGCUGGUGAAAGUGCAUGAUGGUCAAAGUAUUAGGCAGUUCUUUGCAUCAACUAGUGAUUCCGAUGAAGGACAAUCGAAAUCUACUGUCCAACUAAUGGAAGCAGAGGUUGCAUUUUUCUGGAGAACCAUUUGUAAGCACCUGCAGAUGGAAGCACAGGUGAAAGGCAUUGACGCUGCAACUAAAACCGGCACUGAGUCUGUCGUACAUGCAGCAAUAGCUUCAGACAGCAAUGAUCUUCUUGAUCGCGUUCUACCUGCUUCUGUCCCUGAGUAUGUGGAAAUUGUUAAAGCUCAUAUAGGCGCUGGACCAAAUUAUCGCUUUGCAUCUCGGCAAUUACUAUUGCUUGGGGCAAUGCUUGAUUUUUCUGAUUCUUCAAACAGAAAGGUUGCAGGUGAAUUUCUGCAAGAGUUGCUGCACAAACCCCUUGAUUAUGAACUAGAUGAGCAUGAAGCUGAAGUCGUUAUAGGGGAUGGCAUCAAUUUAGGUGGGGACAAGGAGUGGGCUGCAGCAGUCUCAGAACUUGCAAGGAAAGUUCAUGCAGCCCCAGGAGAAUUUGAAGAAGUUGUUUUAAGGGUUAUAAAAGAACUUGCUCAACCUUGUCGGGAGAGGACUGCUGGUUGUAUGCAGUGGCUUCACUGUCUUGCUGUUACUAGUCUUCUCUUGGAAAAUGCACAGUCAUUUCGUCGGAUGCAGGGAAUGGCCAUAGAACCUAUGGAGAUUCUGCAUUCUGUUUUGCUUCCCGGGGCAAAGCACAUUCAUUUAGAUGUUCAGAGGGCUGCGGUGAGAUGUCUUGGUCUUUUUGGGCUUCUGGAAGGGAGACCCAGUGAUGACAUAAUAAAAUACCUAAGGCGCUCAUUUGUUAAAGGGCCUUCUACAAUCACAAUUAUGGCUUCUAAGGCUUUGAUGGAUCUUGCGAUGUGGCAUGGUCCUAAGGAAGUAGAUAAUGCUUUGGAACCACCUUUGUCUUCACAAGAACAUGAUCAUACUACGGUUGUAACCCCAAUUGAACUCGGUAAUGAUAAAGAUGGGUCUGAGAUCAAAUUGCUGCAUCUGUUAUAUGAUGGACUUGGAAAGAAUGACUGGGAUGACUCUAUAGACAAUAAUGAAGACGAGUCUGUUAACUCCAUUCUUGGAGAGGGUUUUGCUAAGUUUCUUCUUCUCAGUGAGAAGUAUUCAGUCCUACCAGCUGUGUCGCAUCCUCAACUAUUAGCUAAACUGAUUGGCUUAUACUUUUGUAGUGAGAGCAAAGAUCUUCAGAGGCUGAAGCAGUGCUUAUCAGUAUUUUUUGAGCACUACCCAUCCCUUUCAGUGAAUCACAAGAUAUGCUUAUCCAAGGCAUUUGUUCCAGUUAUGCGAUCAAUGUGGCCAGGCAUUGACGGGAAUUCUGUAGGAUCUAAUGUGAUGGUAUCGAACAUGCGUAAACGUGCUGUGCGAGCAUCACUUUUUAUGGUGCAGAUGAUGCAAGUUCCUAUAUACACAAAAGUGACUGAAACUCCCAAUGAAGAAGAUGAGUCUGUAAGCCAUGAUGAUUCAGCAGGUCCUUCUUCAGAGUAUGAGAGUGGAGAAGAAGGGCUCGCCAUACGUAUUGCUGCUGAGGUGACCAGCUUUGGUGGGAAGAAGACAGCUGCUGAGAAAUCAUAUAUAUCUGCACUUUGUAGGACACUGGUGUUGCUCCAUUUUCGAUCAUCAGAACAAGAAGCUGCCAAGCUAAUGCGGCAGCUAUUGAAUCGUGUCUUUGAAUCUGCAGCAGCUGAAAAAGACCUUGUUAAGGAUUUGAAACAGAUGGCUGAAAGGCUGCAGGCUUUAGACAGACACCCUGAUCAGAAAUUAUCCUCAGAUAAGGUUCAACUUAUAUUAGAGAGGUUAGAGGUUGAAGUGGAACUGGACGAGAACGUCACAAUGGAAGUGCCACCUACCCCAGCACCAAGAUCAACAAGACCGAACCGCGGCAGAAGAAGAGCCAGGAGAGAAAAUGUGUCAUCUUCUUCUUCUUCCUCGGACGAGGAGUUCUCGCCCUCAUCUGUGGUCCCAGUCAAUCCAGCUGGGGUAAUGAGCACUCGGUCGCAGAGGGCUAGCAAGACGGUGGCACUCUCCAAGAUGACUGCCAAUAGAAGAAGAACAGCUAAGAUCCAGGAGGAAGACGACGACGAUGAAGAUGAGGGUGAUGGCUCAGAGGUGACUAACGAUGACGACGAUGAUGAUUCUGAUGCCUUUUGAUGAUUAGUCAUGCAUAUAUGUAAGUGAAUUCAUCUGAUCUGACAGUAUGUGUGUGUGUGUGUGUUUGAUGCUAAAGAAAUGUCAUUUGCACUCUACUGGAGGCAGUGUAAAUAACGAAAUACUCCCACCGUUUAAGAAAAUUGAAAUUGUGUUGUUGAAAGUGAUGCACAUGAGAUAGAAUGAAUACGAGCCACGUAU